GAACUGUGUUUUAAAAAACAAACAAUAUCUUUUCUCUCUAAAUUAUUCCUUAAUCUAGAUUAUGGAUCUAGCAAAGAAUUAUUACAAAUUGGUAAUAUCAACAACUUGACUAAAACCUUUUACAAGCCCCGUUAGUUUCUCUCUUAAAUCUCUGAGUAUUGACCAUUGUAAAGACAGUCUCCACCAUUUUCAUGUCUUUCACAUUGUCUUUUUAAGGAAAUACAAACACAACAAAACCUCUAUAUUGUUUUCUUGUUACAUUAAUUUUCCCAUAAAGCAUUCUUCCUAUCUAUAGUGUGUCCAUUUUUUUAUGUCAAAACCCACAAUAGUCACUUAACCACUGUAUUCGGGCUAGCUUUCACACACCUGCAAUAUGUAGACACUUCUUUUUUCUUUGACAAUAUACACUUUGCAUGCUUUGAAACAUUUCAAGAAAGCCACUCAACAAAAACACAAACCAUUGGCAUCAAGAAAUGGGAAAUGGGGUUUGUGUUAUCUUUGAAUUCAUUGAAGUUGCUGUGAUUUUGGUUGUUUGAAGCAAGUGGGGUUUCUUGAUUUUGAUUCAAUUGAGUGAUGGGUCCUGUUAGAGGUCAAAAAAAGAAGAGGAAGGUAGAGAAAAAAGUUGAAAAGGAUUAUUUUGCUUCUGGGUCUUCAGAGAAUGGUUCUGCUGAUUGGUUUGAGAUGUUAUCAAGAAAAAUUGCUGGAAAUGUUUCUCCGUCGAAGGGUUUGGAUAAGUUCCAAUCUGUUUUCAAGAUGUCUAGAAGAACUUUCGACUACAUAUGUUCCCUUGCAGAGGAGCACAUGCAAGCAAAGUCAGCCCACUUUGUGUUUUCAAAUGGCAAGCCCAUGUCUUUGCAUGAGCAAGUAGCGUUAGCUUUGAGGAGGCUGAGCUCAGGUAAUUCUCUAAUUUCAGUGGGUGACUCAUUUGGUGCACACCACUCGACGGUGUCUCAAGUAACUUGGCGCUUUAUAGAGGCUAUUGAGGAAAAGGGACUUCACCACAUACGGUGGCCUUCAACAGAGGAGGAUAUUACACAGAUAAAGUCCAAGUUUGAAAGAAUUCAAGGACUUCCAAACUGUUGUGGCGCAAUUGACGCUACACAUAUCACAAUGAUGUUAUCUUCCUCUGAGCAGACAGCUGAUGUAUGGCUUGAUCAAAAUAACAACCACAGCAUGGUCCUGCAAGCAAUAGUUGACCCUGAUAUGAGAUUCCGAGAUGUUGUUACGGGAUUGCCAGGAAAGAUGAACGAGAAUUCAGUGCUUCAGAGCUCAAACUUUUUUAAACUCUGCGAGACAGGAGAGAGGUUGAACGGGAACGCGAUUAAGCUAACUGAAGAGACGGAACUACGGGAAUAUAUCAUAGGUGAUUCUGGCUUUCCCUUGCUACCUUGGCUUUUAACUCCUUAUCAAGGUAAAGAACUUUCAGAAUCAAAAGCUGAGUUCAAUAAGAGGCAUUUUGCAACUCGUAUCGUGGCACAGAGGGCGUUAUCUAGGCUGAAAGAAGUCUGGAAAAUGAUUCAUGGAAUGAUGUGGAGACCUGACAAAAACAAGUUACCAAGGUUUAUCCUUGUAUGUUGCAUUCUUCACAACAUUGUUAUUGACAUGGAAGAUGAGGUUUUGGAUGAGUUUCCUCUGUCGUUUCAUAACCAUGAUCCGGGAUACGGGCAAGAGGUUUGUGAAUCCGUCGACAGCACUGCUUCAGUUUUGAGGGACAAUCUGUCCCUCCACUUAUCUGGGAGGUGACUUUCUUAAAUGAUGCAGACUGCUUCUUGGUGAGUGACUAGCAAAAAAGUUUUCAAUUUGAGGGCAGAUAAAGAAUAUUUUCAAGCAUUUGUAGGAAUUUAUAUUUCAUUUCUUACUUUUGUAUUGUAAGUUUGAUUAGAAAGGAUAUUGAGAUAUAACUUGUAGGGAAUAAGACAUUAUGGGGUUAGUUUCCUUUUUUUGAGCAUGCAUGGUCUUGUUAUCCCAGGGGCUAGGAUUUAGCAUGUCGUUUAACUUGUGCAAUGAAUGGGGUGCCUAGGGCUGCCCAAAUCCUUGGUACCUUUCACAAUUAG